AUGCCUACCGCGUCGAAAAAAGUGCCUAUCCGGCUGCCCGAAAGAACGGCAUUUACCGACGAGCCAUGGCACCACUACCUCACCAUCGACCUGAUCUGGUAUGUGCUUGGGUACACGCUCUUCCACCCAUGGGUAUCUUGGAUUAUCGUGCUCUGUCUGCGCGCGCAAUACACAGCCUAUGAGGCUCUGGAGAUGCGCAUCGCAAUGGGUUGGGCCAUGCUGAUGAGCGCGAUUGGCAUCUUCGGCAUCAUCAGCGACAGGAUCGCGUUUGGGCAGCCACGGGAGGUGGAUUUGAGCGAAGAGGUCAUUGUCAUAACCGGGGGCGUACAAGGCCUAGGCGGAUUGCUGGCAGAGACGUAUGGCAUGCGAAGUGCAAACGUGGCUGUAUUGGAUUUGAAGAAGGUGGACGAGGACGAGGCGGAAGAGAAGGGUGUGGUGUACUAUCAGUGCGAUGUGGGAGAUGCGAGGCAGGUUGAAGCUGUGGCAGCUAAGAUUGUCAAAGAUCUUGGUCCUCCCACGAUUCUUAUCAACAACGCCGGUAUCGUUCACACCAAAUCGAUCCUCGAUACCACGGCUGAAGAAGUCGAACAGACCUUCCGCGUUAAUACUCUCUCACACUUUACGACGCUCCGUACUUUCCUUCCUUACAUGCUCCAUGAACGCCGUGGAACAAUUGUGACGGUAGCAUCUGUGCUCGGUUACCUAGGCGCCGCCAAUCUUUCCGCAUACACUGCCUCGAAAGCCGCCCUCCUCGCUCUGCACCACUCUUUACGCGCCGAACUCGCCCAACAUCCUGACGCCAAAGAGAUCAAGACAAUACUCGUCACACCAGGCCAGAUGAGUACGCAGAUGUUUGCGGCUGUCAAAACUCCGAGUAACUUUGCCGCGCCCGUCGUCACGCCUGCUGAGAUAGCGAAGAACAUAAUACGGUUGAUCGAGAGGGGCGAGAGUGGCGACGUUGCCUUGCCGUUGUACUCGCGUUACAUACAAUUUCUGGGCAUCCUGCCAUUUGGUGUACAACAUAUCCUUAGAAGGUUGAGUGGGAUGGACAACGUGCCUUUGAAGCCUGCUCUCAAUGCGACGAGCGAGAAACAACAUGAGCUUUGA